GCAGGCCGAGGGGAAGCCUGGUCAAUCUCGCAGCAAGGCGGAGGGCAAGAGGAGGAAAACUCAACGCUUACGAUGUCGAUGAUGAGAUCCGGCUUGCGAGCCACCGGCGCUCUUUUUCGCCGGCGGAUGAAUGGCGCCGCCGGCAAACCCCUGGCAUCGAACAAGAGGCGUUUCGCCUCAUCCACCCAUGAUGAUGAAUACGAGACGGCGAAGUGGGAGAAGAUAACGUACCUUGGAAUCACUGUCUGCACGAUCCUGUCGAUCUAUCACCUCUCUAGUGGUCACGAACACCAUCCUGAACCCCCGGCGUACCCCUAUCUGCACAUUCGUAACAAGGAGUUCCCCUGGGGUCCUGAUGGGUUAUUCGAGAGGAAGCACCAUGAUCAUUAAUGAAUAUGCAAGAGUUGGUAUUAUUUAUGUAUUUUCCAGCAUGAGCUACAAACUCUCUUGGAUCAACCUUUUUCUGAGUACUGUAACAUGGUCAAAAUAAUGUUAUUGAAUCUAAAAUAUUUGUCCAGCUGACGUUAUAUACGUGCUGCUUCUGCUGCUUUGUGCGCUAACUAAAAGUCUUAAAUGGAUUCUGCAUUGAUCUAUUAGAACCUGUUGUUGCAACAA